UUUUCUUUGCUAAAUGUUUUCCGUUUUGAGUACAUGGUUUCCGUUGCAAAACGUUUUGGGCUAAUGAUUACACCCCUGGUACCCGACAGAAACACACCUGUGAAAUGGAAAUAUUUUGAUAGUUUGUAUAGAAUAAUCGACGACAGAUACAGAAUUUACAGAUCAUCCGCUGGAUUGUAUUUGUGAUUAAUAGUUUUCCUGGAAUGUCUUGUAGAAUGACCUCUCUCCAAAUUGGAUUGUUAUUGGGCGCUUCGGUGUGUUGUAUUAUUUUCCUGGGGCACGCGGAGGCUCAGGCAUUCGGGGAACAAUGUUUGGACAAGUUCAAGAAGGGCAGAGACGAUUUCGUUCUCGACACCAAUGAGUCGGUCAAAGACGGUGCGACUUUCAUCUCUUCAGUGAAAGUUGAGCGCUCCAAUGACUGUAUACGCUCCUGCUGCAAAGACCCCAGAUGUAAUGUCGCUUUCAUGGAGGUUUCAGAUGAGGGCAUGAUCAAGUCAUGCUUUCUCUUUGACUGUCUAUACAAGCAGAGCUAUGUCUGCCGAUUUGUCAGGAAGAAGGGAUUCCAGAACUACAUCAUAGACUCUGUGUAUGCAAGUGAUCUGGCAACAAAUGGGUUCCCAGACGAAGAGGACCACCCUCCAGUGGCCAAUGGAGGUCCAGACAGAGUGGCCCAGCCCCAGGAAAGUUUGACUCUGAAUGGCAUCGAGAGCAAAGAUGACCACGAGAUUGUCACGUACCAGUGGCACCUAGUGUCAGGCAACUCCUCCGCUGUCAUAGAGAAAACUCAAUUCGAUGACCAAGUGAUCGUGUCCAAACUGACGUCUGGGGUGUACAAGUUCCAGCUGACCGUCACAGACUCCAGUGGGCAGUCCGACCAAACCCAGAUCACCAUCCUGGUGCUCACCCCUGAGCAGUCUGAGGAUCACUGCCUGGUCCCCAAGAAGGUGGGUCCCUGUCGUGGGUCCUUUCCCCGCUGGCACUACAAUGCAGCCUCAGAAAAGUGUGAGGAGUUCCUGUUUGGGGGCUGCAGAGAGAACCUCAACAACUACCUGUCCCUCCAUGAGUGUACCAAUGCCUGUGAUGGUGUUUCAGUUAUGUCCAGCAUUGGCAGUGGCAGAAGUGGGCCACUUCCAGCCCCUAGAGAGGUGUGUGGGAUCCCCUGUAGGUCAGGCCAGUUCACCUGUGCCAACAGCUGCUGCCUUGACCAAGGCCUGGAGUGUGACAAGGAGCAACAGUGCAGCGACGGCUCAGACGAGGAGAACUGCGAGUACUUGAACGACAAGUUCCGGAUUCUACUGCAAAUUCCUGUGGAUGAACAGAAAGUUCGCUGCACAGUUUACCCCAAAACGGGACACUGUCGUGACAGUUUUACCAAGUGGUACUACAACCCUCUCUACGAGAAGUGUUUCCGUUUCAACUAUGGCGGCUGCGAUGGGAAUGACAACAGAUUUGACACUGAAGAUACUUGUAUGACGACCUGCAAACUGGUAACAGAAAAGGACAUCUUUGAGAGAAAGGAGUCAUUUGAAUACCAGGACACUCAAGGCCAUACAGGCAGCAUAGCAAUAGCCACACUGCUUGGCCUGGCCAUCAUCAUACUGCUGGUUGUUCUAAGUUACUGCUUCAUGAAGGGCAGGAAGAAGCAGCCUCAGCGCCAGCGGGUACCCAUCAACGGCACCCAGGUCCACACCAAGGAGGACACAGAGCGCCUUGUCUACAACAGCACCACCAAGCCCAUCUGACCUCUAACCAUUGACCCCACAGGCCAGCCAUUAGUGUUACCUUGCAAAGGUAUUCAGACCCCUUUGAUUUCUUCAUUUGUUAUUUUUUUAAUUCUUCAAGCUCUGUCAAGUGUUGCCAUUUAGUAUUUCAAGCAGAUUUAAGUCAACUGGAACAUUCACUGUCUUGGUAAG